AUGGUGAAGUUCACCGCACGCCGGAGUUUGCCCGAGCUGGUGGCGCCGGCACGGCCAACACCACGCGAGACCAAAGUCCUCUCCGACGUCGACGACUGUUAUGACCUACGAGUCUACUCUUUUGGGGUCGAGUUCUUCCGCUGCCGACUAGACGGCCAUCCAACGACGACGCCGGCAAAGGCCGUCAAGGUAGCGCUCGCGGAGGCUCUGGUGUACUACUACCCCAUGGCCGGUCGGUUGAGAGAGAUUCUCCCCGCUAACAAGCUGAUUCUCCCCACUAACAAGCUGGUGGUGGACUGCACCGGAGAGGGAGUGGUGUUCGUGGAAGCAUUGGCCGACGUGGGGCUGGAAGAGUUUGGAAAUCCAUCACCGCGGCCCCCAUACCCAUGCAUCGAGGAACUAUUAUGUGACGCCAGCGAUAUCAAAGUCGUGGUUGACAAGCCCUUGUUCUUUGUCCAAUGUGACCCAACGACCUCCCGCGGCAUCUCGCUGUGGUUCCACCUUUUACGAGGGAGCGGGUCGGCCACAGCCUUGGACGGGCCGGACGCGGGCGGUCCUAGCCGCGACGGCCCCCGUCUUCCCACCGGUCAAGGAUACAACCCCGUGCGGCGCAGCGCAGCUGAAGUGAGCGGAGCUAGCUUGCAUGGACCCCAUCUUGCCUUCAGUCAAGGCCACUGCCCCAGGGGGCGCAGCAGGCCGGACGCGGGCGGCGCUAGCCGUGAUAGCUUCCGUCUGGCCACCAGCUACGGCGCUGAGCGGCGGACCUCACCUUGCCGGAAUCAUCUUUCACGGAGUUGUACAAGGAGAGGCUAUGGAGUGUGGAACAGCAGCAGUCCGCUGGAUAAGGCAAGGCAAAAAGAUAUUCUGUAA